GCCGCUCGGUGCUACCCGGCACUUCGCGGGGGCGCGGGCGCGCGGGGCAAAAUGUGGAGUUGCUUGGUGCACGGUUUUCGCGCGGCGUUCGACGGGUUUCACCCGGCUCUGGACCCCUUCGGCGAGGAGUGGCCAGGUGGGUCCACCGAGGCGGAGCUGGCAGGAGGUCCGAUCGCAAAUGGCGAAUUUUACGGGGUGCUCUGGCAACUGCCAAUGGACGCAGAGUACGCGUGCAACGAGUGCAAGGUGCAGCACUGCAGCUCGCACCUGAAGUGCCGCUGGUGUCCAGCCGACGGCGGCGCGAUGACUUUCAAGAAU